GGACUUUGCCGCCAUUCAAAUCGGACCGUGCCGAAACGGCGCGGGCCAAUCCAAAGCGGCGAAUUCACCGUGGUCAUCAUGGUGGGGACCGUCGACGUGCUGGUCGGCGCGACCUUUGCCGCCGAUGCGCUCUACUCACGCAUACCGUUCGUCUUUCAAAACGCGCUGCCGUCCGUCACGGCGACCUUGCAGUGGAUGCCGUACGGCCAGUGGCGCGUGCUCCUGCCGCGCCCGCAUGUACACACCCAUCGCCACUGCAUGACCCUGCUCUUUCUGCGCACGUGCGAUGUCCAGUACGACCACCCCGAGCUGCGCCAAGCAGGACCUGCGCCGUCGACGACUGACCGCAUGGACGAGGCGCUUGCGCUGCUGGCGUCGCACAUGGCGCUCAAUCCCUCUCGGCACCUCGUUGUCGUGCUCUGCCCAUCACCGCCCGAUACGAUACCAUGUAGCGCCAAUGACGAUGACUAUUUGCGCGCUCACAUGCCAGCACACGCCACGCUUGUGUCCGACCUCCGUGCGGUCUACGGCGCCAACGAUACCUUUUACAAUGCAACCUUGGACCUCGCCAUGCACAACCCGUACACGCACUGGAUGAAUAACCUCUUGGCGCUGCAGGCCGCGCGGCAAAUCUGCCGCGUUUUUCGUGGACCCAAAAAGGUGCUGAUCCUCGACUGCGACCACACAUUAUGGUCCGGCGCGAUUGCCGAAGACGGACUGGCACAAAUCGCUAUCACGAAUGCCCAUGCUGCGUUUCAGAGAUUUCUCAUCGAGCGAUAUGCCCACGGGACGCUUCUCUGUCUUUGCAGCAAGAACAUCUCUGCGGACGUAAACACCGUGCUUCAACAACACCCCGACAUGCUUCUCGAUCUUAACACGCACAUCGUAUCCAGUCGCAUCAACCACGAGCCCAAAGCUGAUAACAUCAUCGCGAUGCUGCAUGAGCUCUCGCUGGGCAUGGACAGCGCUGUCUUCUUUGACGACAAUGCGCUCGAGUGUGCCGCGGUGCGCGCAGCGUGCCCGUCCCUUGCGGUGGUCCAUGUCCCGCUCGUGCCCAAGCUAACACCCAACUUUGCGGCGACUGUAUGGGCGCUCGACGCCAACUUUAGCGCGGUCGUCACGACAGCAGAAGACAAGGCGCGCACGGCCAUGUACAAGCGGCAGUUGCAAGCAAAACGCACCAGCCAAGACGAUACAAAGGUCCUUGCCGCCCUUGGCAUGCACGUCGAAAUGCAGACAGUGACGUCGACGACGCCGACGGCGACGCUAGAACGCAUCGCGCAGCUCUGCCAGCGCACCAAUCAGUUCAAUCUCCAAACAACAGCAACGCGAACGUACACCACUGUGGAGCAACUGCAAGAACUUGCAACGACCGCCACGAUUCUGUACGUGUCAGUCACGGACAAGUACGGGCACUACGGGCUUGUCGGCGUCGCCGCCUGGAGAUGCACCGACACGACGGUCCAUAUCUCUCUUCUCUUGCUGAGCUGCAGAGUACUCAACCGGCGCGUCGAACACGCCAUGGUGCAGCGCAUCGCUAGCGACAACCCAUGCAAACGUCUGAUUCUUGUCCUCGAACCCACGAUUCGCAACGCGCCGAUCCGGAUGUUCUUGACGCAGCUGACCAACAGCGUGGGAGUUGAAGACCCGGAGACGCGCCACGUACUGUACGAGGCCGCGUGCAACGACGUGUGCGCCAUUUAUGACGAGGCGCCGAUCGUGCAGCAGACGCUUCCGGCGUCAACCGAGUCGCUCGUCGAACGCGCCGGCGAGGCUGGGUGUCCGACCGUGCCGCUGCAUUGCCUCGCCGACGUCACUUCGUUCUUUGCGCCCUUGGCAGUGGCCGAUGCGUUGUCGUCGCUCGAGACCCAAGCCGCCAACGUGGCCAAGUUUCGGCGGCUUCAGCGCGAAGCUGUCAAGCUGCAAGUCGAGCACGACACGCCGAUCUGGACGACCAACAACAUUACCGAGCGCCAGCAGUGUCGGCAGCCAGGCUGCGCCCAGGAAAUUCCGCUCACGACGCAGUGCUCGUUCGUUCGGUGCCGGACGUGCUGCUACCAAACGCAAAAACUCCUUGAGCGCGCGAGUACCGGUGCCCACCCGCAGGCGCGGGCGACCGCGUCGGCUCUCUUGCGCACGGCUGGCGUUGAAGCGGGCACAGCUCCCACCUGCACAAUGCACGUCAACCCACGCCGCGCCGCCAAGCGCAGCGAGACCGCAUAGAUCCCGUCGCCAACGGAGUGGGAUGCGCUUCGAACCUGGCUUUGUGGGUGCUCAAAUUCCUAAAUUCCAAGUGGAGUCUUGCCACAUACCA